CACAAUCUGUGGGAAUGGGCUCAGAGUCACUCAGGUCUGGCAUGCAGGGGUUCGGAUACAGCCCAGGAAGGAAAGAGUCCAGUGGAGGGACUCUUGGACAAGAUUCAGAAAGCUGCCGAAGUGGUUGCCAGCGCUGUCCUUCCUCCGACAGAGCAUCCUGGCAUUUGUGUCCAUGACAACCACUACCACGCUGUGGUGGCGCCCUCUGCUACUGUGGAGAUGGCAGAGCCAGCAUGUGCCUACAACAUCCAAUCUCACUGCCACAGAGCAUCUCACAGGUGCCCAGGGCAGGCUGGAGGAGGCUGGGAGGAAACGGACAGUGGGCACAGCUCAUCCCACAACUCAUCCCAGGAGACUGCGGAAGCCAGCCGGACCUCAUUGGGAGGAAGCAGUAAGUCGGGCGGCUCGGGCAGCCACUCCGGUGCGAGUCCGGAGAGCGGUGACCUAUCAGAGCGUGUGGAAGCCAUUCAGUUGGGGGACUGUGGUCAGGAGACGGCACUUAUCAACAGACUGACUAGUGGUUCCAAAGUCUUCCUGUCCAGAGAGGAGAGCCAGCACUUCAUCAAAGAAUGCUCCACUCUCAACUGUGAGGUGGUCGUUGAACUUUUGUCUCGCAAACUCCAGGACCACACACAAAUCGUCCAGAUGAGGGCGUUGUGUGCUCUGGCCUGCCUGAUUUCUUCAGAUUUCCUGUCUCUAGACCAUAUUUCGAAUAUCAUACAUAAACACCUUGCACAACUUAGUGAAGGAACCGCAGGCCCUGUCGCCAACAAGGCAACCAAGCUCUUAAGGCAGUUUGAGGCCUUGCUUGGUUGUGUCACAAAUUCCAAAUGUGACCGUGCUGGAUGUCCAACCUCUGCCAGCUCUUCGCUUUCAGAUCAACCCUCUGAAUCUAUAACCGUCCCCUUUGUUCCGGGACAACUAGGAGACAACUUAACCUCUGUUAUCCCAUCAGAGGAGACCCCAUCUACACAUCACCUGCAGGGUAACAGCACUGCACCUGGGUCUCAUAUGAAAAGAAAACAAGAAGAUGGAGAGUACAGGAAAACGGAAACCUCUAAAAUCUCAGAACCACCCAGACUGUCACUCUUCAGUGGAAUGGAGUUAGUCAACAGAAGCAAACCUGUAUGUUUGGUCGAGCCUGUUCCUGUCAAGUCAGACGCCCAGAUAAGUGUAGAAGCCACUACAGACACAGACUGUGCAAUUGAGAAAAGCUGUGAGAGAACGGCAGGCUCACUCACAUCUAGUGAGCAAGUGUCUGCCUUCUCCUUCCUCAAUCUCUGACGCCAACAUUCAUUUACGGUUAUUUGCCGAUUUGGGGAAAAAUAACUUCAGAAUUACUAAAAUCAUGCAUGUCUCAAGUUUAUAUGCUGACUACAUGUAUCCAGGAAUAUUCCAGUUGCUGUAAAGGAAUUUUUGAUCAGAAAUUAUUUUUCAUGUAAAUGUGGUCACAGUAUUUAUGUAGGUAACAUCCACCUGCAAUUGCAACUGCAACAUACUCUUUACUCACUGUCUAAAUGCUGCUAGUGGUUUACAUUAAGUGUUCAGACUGGGAAUAAGUCAAGUCUUGAUCAUUAUCAAUAAUGGUACAUCUCUUCAGAUCAUUCUGAAUUCACUGAGAUACAUUUGAGAAACAACUCAGGGUGCUUUUCUGUUGUGGUGUUAAACACAAGUGUCACUGCAAUGGUUGCUACUACUUGCACUACAAUCUUUCCUCUUACUUAAAGCACUUAUGUCUUCCUGUGUGUAUUUAUAAAAUAAGAACAAACAUUAACACCCAUAUUGAGUUUAAUCCGAAUACAUCCUGCCAAAACUUAUGUGCAACUAUAUAAAGAACUGUCUUGUGUGAAAGUGUUGCAGUAUUUAAACUUGAAAGGCAGGUUUGAAUAAGAAAAUGGCCUCAUGUCCAUUCAGAGCCUGAAACAGAAAAAAAAAUGAAUACAUAUAUUUAAAAAAAAAAAAAGCAUUAUUUUUAUUUACAU